UGAGUAGUCCCUUAGCAAGCCCUCAUUUCACCAGGCCCCCGGCUUGGGGCGCCUUCCUUCCCCAUGGCGGGACACCUGGCUUCGGAUUUCGCCUUCUCGCCCCCUCCAGGUGGUGGAGGUGAUGGGCCAGGGGGGCCGGAGCCGGGCUGGGUUGAUCCUCGGACCUGGCUAAGCUUCCAAGGCCCUCCUGGAGGGCCAGGAAUCGGGCCGGGAGUUGGGCCAGGCUCUGAGGUGUGGGGGAUUCCCCCAUGCCCCCCGCCGUAUGAGUUCUGUGGGGGGAUGGCAUACUGUGGGCCUCAGGUUGGAGUGGGGCUAGUGCCCCAAGGCGGCUUGGAGACCUCUCAGCCUGAGGGCGAAGCAGGAGUCGGGGUGGAGAGCAACUCCGAUGGGGCCUCCCCGGAGCCCUGCACCGUCCCCCCUGGUGCCGUGAAGCUGGAGAAGGAGAAGCUGGAGCAAAACCCGGAGGAGUCCCAGGACAUCAAAGCUCUGCAGAAAGAACUCGAGCAAUUUGCCAAGCUCCUGAAGCAGAAGAGGAUCACCCUGGGAUAUACACAGGCCGAUGUGGGGCUCACCCUGGGGGUUCUAUUUGGGAAGGUGUUCAGCCAAACAACCAUCUGCCGCUUUGAGGCUCUGCAGCUUAGCUUCAAGAACAUGUGUAAGCUGCGGCCCUUGCUGCAGAAGUGGGUGGAGGAAGCUGACAACAAUGAAAAUCUUCAGGAGAUAUGCAAAGCAGAAACCCUCGUGCAGGCCCGAAAGAGAAAGCGAACCAGUAUCGAGAACCGAGUGAGAGGCAACCUGGAGAAUUUGUUCCUGCAGUGCCCGAAACCCACACUGCAGCAGAUCAGCCACAUUGCCCAGCAGCUUGGGCUCGAGAAGGAUGUGGUCCGAGUGUGGUUCUGUAACCGGCGCCAGAAGGGCAAGCGAUCAAGCAGUGACUAUGCACAACGAGAGGAUUUUGAGGCUGCUGGGUCUCCUUUCUCAGGGGGACCAGUGUCCUUUCCUCUGGCCCCAGGGCCCCAUUUUGGUACCCCAGGCUAUGGGAGCCCUCACUUCACUGCACUGUACUCCUCGGUCCCUUUCCCUGAGGGGGAAGCCUUUCCCCCUGUCUCUGUCACCACUCUGGGCUCUCCCAUGCAUUCAAACUGAGGUGCCUGCCCUUCUAGGAAUGGGGGACAGGGGGAGGGGAGGAGCUAGGGAAAGAGAACCUGGAGUUUGUGCCAGGGCUUUUGGGAUUAAGUUCUUCAUUCACUAAGGAAGGAAUUGGGAACACAAAGGGUGGGGGCAAGGGAGUUUGGGGCAACUGGUUGGAGGGAAGGUGAAAUUCAAUGACGCUCUUGAUUUUAAUCCCACAUCAUGUAUCACUUUUUUCUUAAAUAAAGAAGCCUGGGACACAGUAGAUAGACACACUUA